GAAGUGCGCAGGCGCUGGCAAGAUGGCGGGAGGGGUGCGCCCGCUGCGGGGCCUCCGCGCCUUGUGUCGCGUGCUGCUCUUCCUGUCGCAAUUCUGCCUUCUGUCGGGCGGUGAGCAAUCGCAGGCGCUGGCUCAGUCAAUAAAGGAUCCGGGCCCAACACGCACAUUCACAGUAGUUCCCAGGGCAGCAGAAAGUACUGAAAUCCCACCUUAUGUGAUGAAGUGUCCAAGCAAUGGCUUGUGUAGCAGACUUCCUGCAGACUGUAUAGACUGCACAACCAAUUUCUCCUGUAUCUAUGGGAAGCCUGUCACUUUUGACUGUGCAGUGAAACCAUCUGUUACCUGUGUUGAUCAAGACUUCAAAUCCCAAAAGAACUUCAUCAUCAACAUGACUUGCAGAUUUUGCUGGCAGCUUCCUGAAACAGAUUACGAGUGCACCAAUUCCACCAGCUGCAUGACGGUGUCCUGUCCGCGGCAGCGCUACCCUGCCAACUGCACAGUGCGGGACCACGUCCACUGCUUGGGUAGGUCAGAGUUCAAGGACAUUUGUCAACAAAAUGUUUUUCUCUAAGUUUAUUGAAGGGACUUGAGCCAGAAAUUUGACAGUCAAAUUAUUUAA